AUGGGUGAUAGUGCAAGUUCAUCAAUUGUUCAGUACAAGAACGAGAAAGCUCUUCUAUGUAAUUGUGACCAGCCUGCAAAGAUUAUGAGGGCUUGGACUGAUGCCAACACUGGGCGCAGGUUCUAUGGCUGUGUAGGACGUAAGGUGGCUCACGGGUAUGAGUCUUGUAACUUUUUCUGUUGGUUUGAUGUGGAGAAACCACAUGGGUGGCAACAUGAAGCAUUGAUUGAGGCAAGAGAUGUUAUUCGUGACCAAAGAGAAGAGAUUAGGAACUUGAGGGAGGCGGUAAAAGAACUGAAGCGGGGAAAUCCGAAUGAAAACCUGGAUGAUUUGAAGCAAGCUCGUGAGGAAUGUGAAGCACUGAAGCUAGAAGUUUUGAUUUUGAAUGAAAGGAGUAGGGUAUUUCGUAAUGUCCUUAUCACUUCUUCGGUUGGGUUUACAAUUGUACUUGGAGUGGUGGUGACGAUGUGUAAGUGA